AUGAAGGCCAAGGUUGAGGUUUGUUGGGGUGCAAAUGUUCGGCAACGCAUGUUGAAGAAGGUUUGUCUCGAGCCUCUUCGUCUUUGGGGAGAUUUUACUGGUAUGGUUCUGUAUUUAGAGCUUGCGCCUCGAAAGACAUCUCUCGUCCGGUUUGUCAUUUUUGUGGCGCACCCGCAGCGUUUCAUGUACGUCAAAAGUGAUGGUGAGAAUGCUCGAGCUUGGCGUCAGCGGUUUGGAGCUCCGCAAGACCAAGCUUUGGUUGUUGCUGCUCGAUUAUGUGACAUCCAUAUCAGCCCAAGCUUUUAUGAGCUAGACUCUUGA